AUGUCAGGCUCAAGGAUCAUUCUCGGCUAUGCCAUCGUCGAUCCGGACGGUCGCUACCCCGAAACCCCUGAAUACGGGAUUGGCUGUCUGAAUGAGGCGCGCGAGGAAGCGCACGCCCUCAAUGAGGAUUUCGCGGAGGAGCUCGACGGUGGCGCCUACGCCGUCCUCACCCUGUUCGCCGACGGCGGUGCGGGCGCUUUCCGAAAAGUCAAAGGAGAUCCGACCAUGAACGACUUGAAGACACAGCGCGACCGAACCCGCGACGCGGACAGCCGCGGAAAGGCCGACGCCCGGAUGAGAUGCCCCAGUUGCGGCUCGUCCGAUCUGCGCGUGAGCGCGGAGAUCACCUGCACGGUUGUUAAGAAGCAAUCGCCUAAUGGCGAUCCGUAUGACGCCCUUGAGGCGUUGACCGGCAGCGAACCCUAUUGGGAUCGCGACACCUUCACUCGCAUCGCUACGCUCGAAAUCGCCGCCAUGCACAACCUGUCGCAACAUGUCGGCGAUCCUGAUCGGGAGAUCGUGACGAUCCGUCCGAUCAAGCCCGGCGAGACGCCGGACCUCUGGACCGUCAUCGCCCGCCUGUCGGGCGGACGCGGCGAAGUCCUAGCCGACGAAGACAGCCGAAGAGCCGCCUUCGCCUUCGCCCGCCGCUUUCGCCGCAAGCUCGCCGGCGCUGACGCACCGGCCUCGUCGCGUCGAUCGCUUAAGAUCAUCGAACGAUAA